AUGGCCGCGGCUGAGGGGGACGGUGGUGUCCGGGCCGAAGCCGACCGGGAAUUGGAAGAGCUUCUGGAAAGUGCUCUUGAUGAUUUCGAUAAGGCCAAACCCUCCCCAGCACCCCCUCCUACCACCACGGCCCCUGAUGCUUCAGGGCCCCAGAAGAGAUCGCCAGGAGACACUGCCAAAGAUGCCCUCUUCGCCUCCCAGGAGAAGUUUUUCCAGGAACUGUUUGACAGCGAGCUGGCUUCCCAAGCCACUGCAGAGUUUGAGAAAGCAAUGAAAGAGUUGGCUGAGGAAGAGCCCCACCUGGUAGAGCAGUUCCAAAAGCUUUCAGAGGCUGCUGGGAGAGUAGGCAGUGAUGCGACUUCCCAACAAGAAUUCACCUCUUGCCUAAAGGAGACGUUAAGUGGACUAGCCAAGAAUGCCACUGACCUUCAGAACUCUGGCAUGUCAGAAGAGGAACUGACCAAGGCCAUGGAAGGGCUGGGCAUGGACGAAGGGGAUGGGGAAGGGACCAUCCUCCCCAUCAUGCAGAGCAUCAUGCAGAACCUGCUGUCCAAGGAUGUGCUGUACCCAUCUCUGAAGGAAAUCACAGAAAAGUAUCCAGAAUGGUUGCAGGCUCACCAAGACUCUCUGCCUCCAGAGCAGUUUGAAAAAUAUCAGGAACAACAUAGUGUCAUGGGCAAAAUAUGUGAGCAGUUUGAGGCAGAGACCCCCACAGACACUGAGGCCACUCAGAAGGCUCGUUUUGAGGUGGUGCUGGAUCUUAUGCAGCAGCUACAAGAUUUGGGCCAUCCUCCAAAAGAGCUUGCUGGGGAGAUGCCUCCUGGCCUCAACUUUGACCUGGACGCCCUUAAUCUAUCGGGCCCACCAGGUGCCAAUGGUGAACAGUGUCUGAUCAUGUGAAACACAGCACGCUUUCUUCCCUGAUUCCCAGCCGUGGGGGAACGUCUGGAGUCAGCAGAACUACUGAGAACUGAGGCAGGAGUGUCAUCUACCGGAGUGGCUGCCCACUGCCAUCUGUCAUCCCACCCAAGAUUGUGCCAUACCAGCUGAGGCUUUUUCUCUUUGUAGGAAUAAGGCCUGUUCUGCAGAUCAUUACUGUGAACCCUUCCCAUUGUGGUUUCUGCUGCUAGCAAAGGCCCAGCUACCUUCCAAGUAAAGGAAGGCAACUCUUUUGGGGCAGGCACCUUUUUCCCUCUCCCAAAGUAAUGUUACACAGGGCCACACUGAUGUUCACUUUUGUACCCGGGGUCUUCAUGCCUUGCGUCUCCUCCCUCUCUUGGACCUGGGGAGCAGGGACAGAGUCCUAAGACUCUGUAUUUCUAUACUUCUCUUAAGCAGGGCCUUUGGGAAUGAGUGCAGAGAAACUGAGCCUGGGCUGGGGCCGUAGGUCUGUCACCACGCCCUCUUGCCUUCAGACUGUUGUGAAUUCUCCAAAGUAAGUGCAUCUAAUCACAGGUUGAAAGAGAAGCCCUGGAAUUCUCCUCUCUCCAGGUACAGAGUCCUCAGCUCCCUGUCCAGCCUGAGAACUCAAGCAGCUGCCCUGGUUCUUUCUAUAAUGCUAUGUGAUCUGGGUGAACUCAGCCCUUGACUUUCCUUUACCUCCUACCUCACCUCUCAUCUCUCUACUUUAAAUAACUCUUCAUUCCAACCCUUCUCUGAGCCCAAACUGUGAAGAAAAAGGGCCUGUCCUGUUUCCCCUGUUCCAGUCCAUCCACCACUCUCACCAGCCCUGCUGUCUCGCUGGCAGGCGUGUAUAAUUAUAUAGUGUCAUGUCUAGGAAAUGAAUGACUGUUCUUCCCCAGUUGCAUACAGUUUUCUUUUACACAUUCUCACUUCUGAUUUCUUUGAAUGCUGCCCAUUGAUUCAGGGAGGUAGCUUGGGGAAAGGGAGGUGGGAUGCAGCCUGCGCCCGUUUGCCUGAUGAAUAAAUAUUCUGAGUGAGGACAAUAGCCUGUAUUUCAUCUAACUCUUUUCCUGAUCUUCCUCAGCCUGUCUAAGCUGCUGUGUGAGGUAUGUUGGCUUAACAUUGCUGGGUUCUGCCAUCACGUCUCUUCCCAGCUCAGUCUGCACCUCAGUUGGCAGAGUAGACUGAAUGACCAUCUUUCCUCAUUUUCUCUGGUUUUGA